AUGAAACAACCAGUCUCACUUUUCACUUAAAAUACUUUUUCGAGAAGAAUAAAUUAACAAGAUGUUGAUGAAAUUUAAGACAGAUCUGGUUUGGAAAUUUUCAAAAUGGAUGGUUAAAAAAGAUGUAGAAAUAACCUAUCACCAAUCGCUCGAUCAAAUUCAGGUCAUCAUGAAUAAUUGAUUUUUCAAUAUAGUAAUCCUUAAUAACUAAUUACUCCUAAAUAAGAAAACAUUACUGAAAGAUUGUAAACAUUAACUUAAACAGACUAAAUCAAAUAAUAAAAAUCAUUUCGAAAAUUGAUAGUCUAUUUUCAUCAAAAAGACUUUAUAAAAAUACUAUUAGCUCCAUACAAAUUAACAGCAUCUUUUACAUAAAAACAUUUUAAUCUCAUUAACGAUUUAGGAGCUUCCUUUAAAUAUCAGGUUGGUGGAUAUAGUGAAAACUAAAAAAGUUUGAUUUAUUAAUACAUUUCGCUGAUUGAUAUAAGAAUUUAGUUAAGAUUAAAAUUUAGAACAAUAAAAACUAAUUGUAAACAUUUCUUGUAACAUUUUCAUAAUCAAAUUCCAUUAAUAGAACCAAUGAGUAAUCUAAAAUUUUUCUGGGAUUUGAUGUGUUUUGCUAUUAGAAUUUACUUAAUUGUAAUUAUUCCAAUAUUGAUGGCAUUUCAUAAUAAAAAUUUUAUUGAUUAGCAACAAAUACCAUUAAUUUUAUUUUCUAUUGCUUUAAUUUUUGACAUUAUCAUGAGAGCAUUUACUGUGACUUAUGAUUAAGGAUUACCUGUAAGAGACCGAUAUUUAUUAUUUAAAAAAUAACUUAAUUUCUCAACAUUAUUGGAGUUAUUUAGUUUUAUAUAUACAAUAAUAAUAAGUAUAUAGUAAGAAAACAUUAUUGAUAAAAAUAUAAUAGGAGAUGGUUGGCCAAAAUUUAUUUUAGCUUUAUUAUAUAUAUAAGUGGCUAACAUAUUAAAAUUUAUUGAUAUUUCAUAAUAUUCAUUUAAGCUCAGUAGAAUGUCUACAUCAAUAGUAGAGUUGAUUAAAUUAAUAACAUUAAUAGUUUUGGUUUAACAUGUUUUCAGUUGUGUAUGGCUUGUAUUUGGUAUUUAAUGUUAGGACGCAUAUUAAUAAUCUUGGAUGGAUAAAUUUGAACAUCAUCAAUGGUCAUAUUAAUUUCUUUAAUCCUUUUAUUUUAUUUGCGUUACCACAUUUACAGUUGGAUAUGGUGAUUUAACUCCUAAAAGUAAUUAAUUCUUAAUAGUAUAGAUCCCCCUGAAUAAAUUUUUACUAUUGUUUACAUGUUUCUAUGUAUGUUGUUGUUUUCAUACACUGUAAAUACAAUAGGAAGUAUACUAACUUAGAUUAAGGAGAGCAGUGAUAAAAUUAAAACAAAACUAACAGCCAUUAAUUAAUAUAUGCAUAACAAGUAGAUAAGUCCAGCAUUACAAUUUAAGUAAUUAUAUAUUUAAUUUAUUAAAGAGUUAGAGAAUAAUUAUAUUUUUAUUUAAAGCAAGAAGUCAUUCAAUAAGUCAAUGAAUAAUCAGAAAUUAUAUCAAUGCUUCCAGAAGAAUUAUAACAUAGUCUUCGUUUAGAAGCUGCUAAGUCUUUAAUAAAUAAAUGUCCAUUUUUUAGUGAAAAUUUUUCAGAUGAUAUAUUGAAUUAGCUAUUAGAAGAAGUGAAUUUUUAAAUCUUCUAGCCAGGAGCUACAAUUUAAUCAAAAGAUGAAUUUUUUAUUCAUAUAAUUGAAUAAGGAUAAGUUGAAGUAUUAUAUAAGAAAGUAUUAAAUUUUACAUAAUUAUCUUUAGAAAAUUAUACAAACACUUGAGAGGUUUGAUUAUUUUGGACUUGAAGAAUUUGUAACUUAAUAAUACAAUCCUAAUUUUAUUUUUAAAAGUAAUGCUUUUACUAGUGUACUUUCUAUUCCAUAUUCUUAUUUUCAUAAAAUUCUAUCUUAGAAUGAUCUUGAAAACUAAAAAUAUCAUAAUCUAUUAACUACUUAAUCUUGGAUUUCUAAUUUUUGUUUUAUUUGUAAAGCCAAAAGACAUUCAACAUAAUCAUGUUCUUUGGUUCAUUUUAUUCCAAACAGAGAAGUUGUUUUAAAAAGAUACCUUUAUAGAAAAAAAUAAAAAAAAAGAAUAAAGUAAGAGAGAAGAAUCAGAUAAUUAUCAAUUAAUGAGAUGGAUAUUAUCAAUGGAUAAAAUUAAAUUAAAAAAAUUCAAUUUUAAAAUACAUAUUUAAAUUAAAAAAUGAUAGAAUCAACAGUGCAUAAAUUUUAAUCUGAUAAUUAAAUAGCUUUAGAAACCCUUUUUCCAACAAUAGAAUAACCUAUAAGUUAAGAUAGUUAAACAGAAUCUGAAAAUGAAGACCCUGAAGAAAUUAAAGAUUAGAGUUUUUCAUAAUAAAAUUUGAACUCAGGAAGAGUUAGUAAAUAAAUUCCUUGUAUUUCUUCUAAAAAUUUACUUUAAUAUUAAAUUUUAGAUAAGAUUAAAAAUUAAAGACUAAAUCGGUUAGUUCAACCUUUAUAACCAUAGCUUUUAAUGUCACAAUAUGGUUAAAUGAAUACAAAUCAAAAUGUAAAUACAAAGUAGUAACUUAAAAAGUUAUUAUUUACAAAACAAGGCUAAAUUGAAUAUGAAGAAUAAAUAACUUAAAUUUAAGAAUUAAACUUUUUUAAUGAACUCAGAUAGAAAAUGAAUAAUUUACUUCUAUUCCCAAAAAAAGAGUAAGAAUAAAUAGAAUUCUGGUAUAAGAAAAUUUAAAAUCUUAAAGAAGAUUUGCCAGAUAUGUAAGAAUUUGAAAUAUUGAAAAAUUAUGAAGUUUUUAAUAGGUAAUGGAAUGCUGACUUGGUUGUAAAGAAAUUAGUUUAAAAAUAAAAAAAAUUCAGGGGAUUUAAAAAGCUUAAGAGAUUCUUACUUUUUCCCUUUCUUUAUGUAAAUAAAUAUUUGGAUAAAAGGGAUUUAAGUGAUCCAAAUAAACCUGUAGAAAAACCUAAAAAAAAAAGUAAAAUAAUAAUAUAAAAUUAGGACCUGCUAGACCUAAGGUAAUUAAAAAAUCAAGGGUAAGUCCUACAACAUGA